AUGCCCUGGAGAAUAUUUGGAGGUUACCGGCCAGCUCACCUUCGUGAAGCCGCAUCUCCGCCAACACCGCCAACUUCUCCGAUCAGCCACCGUCGCCAAUUCGUCAGAGUGCUGAAUAGCACCGACCCGACUAUCGCCAAACUCAUUGACAAGAACUCAAACUGGGCACGCGCUGUAGGAGCAAGCGAGCCGCGACUCUUUCGGGAGAUGGCGAAGGGUCAGGCACCGAAGGUUCUCUGGAUAGGCUGUUCAGACUCGCGUGUGCCGGAAUCUAUCAUCACGGCUGCCAAACCCGGCGACAUCUUCGUACAUCGAAAUAUAGCCAACCAGUUCCGCCUCGACGAUGAUAGCGCUCUUUCUGUUCUGACGUAUGCGAUCGACACAUUAGGCGUGGAACACGUUGUCGUCGUCGGACAUACUCAGUGCGGCGGCGCGGCUGCUUGUUACGAAGCUGCAAAACACGCACAGCCCGCGGCGCCACCUCAAUCACCUCUCGGCCGAUGGCUAGGCCCACUCACGGACAUGGCUACGAAACUCAAUCUAGCGCACGCCGACCCCGAACAUGCGUUACCAGUUCUCGUCGAAGCAAACGUACGAAAGCAGGUCGAGAACCUCUGCAAAGCGGCACCCCUUCGCAAGGUCUGGGAUGCCGAGAGCGCGCGUCGGGUAUGGGUUCAUGGACUUCUGUUCGAAGUCGAGAGCGGCACAUUGAAAGACCUCGGGGUCAGUUACGGCCCUCCGCGAGACGAGCACGAGAUGUUAAGUAUGAAGUAA